AAAAAAACCGACUGAAGGGAGUUACCUCAGCGCUCUGCGAGAUAUGAGAUCGGGCUGUUUUCCACUCGGUCCCCUUUUCUAUUAAAGAAGAAAAUCACGAAUAUCACAGGGGAAAGAAAGAUAGGGACACAGGUACAUUUUUGGAGAGGUCGUCCAGAGGAGAGCACAUAGCGCCUUUCCUUACUGCUGGCGGAUCAGUCGGUAUCUACGGUGCAUGCACAGUAUCUCUGCCCCCGUGCGCGCGCGUGUGUGUGUUUACAAGUGUUUGAGCGAGUGCCACAAACGAGGGAAGGACGAUAAAGCCAAGGAAGGAGGGAUGGUGGACAAUUCAAGCAGUAGUAAGGCACAAAUGCCCAGCAUGUCUCAGGAUCCUGGUGUGGCCUUUCCUCAGAGCACCUCGACAGGGGGUAUGAAGCUGGAGGCUGUAAUGGAGCAGCUCCAGCGCCAGCAGCAGGCCCGACUGGAAAUGGAGCGCAAGGAGAGGAAGCUGCGAGAGGCCCAUAUCAUGUAUGCUCAGCAGGUUGCUGCACAGCAGGCCAUCCUAGCGGCUGCCCGGGCUUCUGGGGCCAGCUUCAUGGGCAAAGGCCUGGCUGGUGGGGUCCCUAGUGCUGUGUUGCCUCCCCGGGUCUCCAAUCAGAGCAGUGUGGACUCAGAAAGAGAGGAUGACGAGGACAGAGGCCGUGAUUCUGGGGAUGAGGACGACGACAAUGAAAUGAUGGAGGGGGACGAGGGAAGUGAUGAGGACGAGGGGAGUGCCAGUGGUCUGGAGUUCCUCCGUAAGCAGACCCUCGCUUUGCAGCAGAGCGCCUCCCGCAUCCAGGCCCGUCCGUUUGGCAGUUACUCUGCGUCAGCCCCCCAGAGGGCUGCAUCCCCACCUAUCAGAGUGAAGCAGGAACCUGAUGAGGGCCUGUCUCCUGCAGGGCCUCACUCUGCUACCUCUCCUAAUGGACAGGCUGACUGGGGCUUCGAUGAUCACUUCAGACAGAAUGGGAGUGCAGGCUGGGUGGAUGAGGCUGACAGUAGCAGAGGAAGAGGAGAGGCCUCCAGAGACUUUGCUAAGUUGUAUGAACUGGACAAUGACCCCAAAAGGAAGGAGUUUUUGGAUGACCUCUUCACCUUCAUGCAGAAACGAGGAACCCCAGUCAAUCGUAUCCCCAUCAUGGCCAAGCAGGUCCUGGAUCUGUAUAUGCUGUAUAAACUGGUGACAGAGAAGGGAGGCCUGGUGGAGGUAAUCAACAAGAAGAUCUGGAGAGAAAUCACAAAGGGACUCAACCUGCCUACCUCCAUCACCAGUGCAGCUUUCACCCUGCGCACACAGUACAUGAAGUACUUGUAUCCGUAUGAGUGCGAGAGGAAAGGCCUCAGCUCCCCAGGUGAGCUCCAGGCUGCCAUCGACAGUAAUCGACGCGAGGGUCGUCGUCCAAGCUACAGCAGCAGCCUCUUCCGCUUCUCUCCCUCUCCCAGCACAGCUCCCCACAUCCUCUCACCUCCAAAGAUGCACCUUUCAGCUCUGGGGGCAGGGGCCUCGGGGACCCUCAACGGCCUGCAGGCCUCACCAGGACCCUCUCUGAAGAAAGUUCUCUCUCUUCCAGAUGACCUGACCCCCUCCAUCAUGGCAGCAAGACCCUCCAUGGCGCUGGCCCUGGGUCACCAGCAGGUUGCGGGUUUGGCAAGAGCCGCCACUCUGGAGCAGCUGAGGGAAAAGCUGGAGACCAGCGGCGGAGGAGAGGGGCCAGAGAGGAAGAUGGCCCGCCUGGCGGAGGAGCAGCAGCGCCUGAUGCAGCAGGCUUUCCAACACAACCUGCUGGCCAUGGCUUCCCAAAUGCCCAUGAACCUGCGUCUGGGAGCCCCCACCAUCACCACCAGAGAUGAGAAGCAGCAGGAUCUGUCACUGAGCAUCUCAACCAAUGGAAAUGCCAGCAUUACUGUCUCAGUGGAUGUCAAUGGCACACUCUACUCAGGAACCCUGUUUGCUCAGAAGUCUGGUGGGGCCCCGGGGCCUGCUGUAUCUGCUGCUGCUGCCGCCUCAGCCUCCCCUGCUGGAACCAGCACUAGCUUUGGCUUUUCUGCACCCCUGGCUCAGACCCUAAGCCCAGCGUCCUCCUCCUCCUCCAAGGGUCCCGGCUCGGCUGAGCCGACCCCCAGCGGGUCACCCUAACUCAGGCUGCCCUUUGUACCUGCUCCCCAGGCCCCUCUUCCACCGGGAGGCCCAGCAAGAAUAUACAGUACAAUGAGAAACCGAUAAGAAUAACAAACUGUUGCACAACAAAUACCUCAUCAACCCUGUCAACCUCUUGGCUGUCCAAUCAUGAACACAGAGCCCAAGAAUAUUAUAUGACAGCACGUGCCCAAACGCACAGCUAUGCAUUUUAUUCGAUGUGCAAACACAUACACACACUACACUACAAACACACACACACACACGUAUACAUAUACAGACACACAAUCUACACGUACAUACAUUUCUUAAUCCUAAUGUACAUGCUAAACACAAUCAGCUCAGCCAAAACCCACUGACAGGUGUAGUCACAACUGAACUUGAAAAGUUUUAUCUUAGGACAUUUUGUUUGUUUGUUGCCAUUUUGUCGUCUUUUUGAUUUUGUGUUUUAGAAUGAUUUUGUUUUUAGUUUUUCUCUUUUUACAUACCUCAAAUCAAGUAACCUGCAGUGGUGUCUUUACCUCAGGAGUUGUAGUAUAUUUAACCUGAAUCAACUUUAUUUUUAUAUUCUUUUUGACCUAGUUGCAAUCAGGGGAAGUCGGGUAACUCUCACCAGUGGAACCUCAUGUACAGCACCCACCUCACAGUGACAGGCCUCCAACCCGGGCCGCUCAGGUUUCCUCAGCACACUGUAGACUCUUGCUGAGCUCAGACUGGUGAAUGAUCAGAUGCUGUAGAUCAGCACAUUAAAUACAUAUAACUCCGCCCUCAGCUCAGCAAGUCCAUUAUAUUGGUUGGAAGGUUAACAGUGUACGCAAACCUCCCAAUAUGAACAGGAUUUCACCAAACUGAAAACUUUCAUUAGCAAUGCACAGGAUUUUCUGUCAACUUUCUGCAGGUCCGCACAAACUGUCUUUAAAAACGUAGCGCACAAAUUUUAGGGAACAGCAACUCUAAUCCACCACAGCAGGCCUAGCAGACCCUGAGCUUGUUUCUCCCCUCGUCAACGUUACAGAGGGGUCGUACAAAAUCAGGUUUGAGUUUGUUGUCCCCGAUUUUGUUUGUGUAUCCUUCCUCCAGCCGCAGCCACAGAGCCGAAUGUCAAUCUGACGGCGGUCAUCGUCAGCGCAUGGUUCUCAGACCUCAUAUUGGCUUCUCUGCUCUGGAGGGCGUCUCUCUCAGGAAGCAUUGUGACAACUGCAAGGAAUCACUGUUAAUUUAAAGAAAAAGAAGGGAUUCAUACCUGAAGAAUUGACAAGGGGACAUGACUGUUCAAGAAUACCUCAUCAGUCUCUCUCAAAAGGAGAGCUACACUACGUACCUCAUACGGCUGCGAAGCCAUCAAGACUUGACGCCACAACCCGUGAUGGAAAUCCUAGCUGAACUGAAACUGACAUGAACGUACUGACACACUGCUGGUGGUUUUUGGGGACAAACAGAACUAGGAUGGGUUUGCUAUCUCUCUCCUUCUGUGUUGACAUGUGUAACUUGUUUUAUGCUUGCUUCCAUUUCCUUUUUUUUUUUGUUCCUGAAGUUGUCUGAGAAGAGUGAUAUAUCUGCUUUUUUUUUUUUUUUUUCAGGGAAGAGGAAAAGAAUAGUUCCUCGCUGACACGUGUAGAUUUGUAGGAUUGUCAGGUUUCACGGUCGCAGGGGUCAAAAAAUGAAAAACAAUCGACCAUUUUAACCUUAAAUUUGACUGCAAACACCUUUUGUUUUUUUCACGACAGCAGCGAAAUGAUAUGCAUGUAUACAAUCAAGUGACCAGUGUUUUAACACCCUAAUCUCCUGGUUCACAUUAGCUUCUGGUUAUUGCACAGCUAGAUACCAAAGACUAGCCAGGUCGCUCCUCAUGAUUGAUCCCUCGUACAAUCCUGCCCACAGCUGCUGUGGUGCACAGCAAGGCAGUUCAAGGUCUGAUUUGGACUGCACAGAAAGUUGCAUCUAAACUCAUUUAAUCUGAUUUUGAGUUUUAUCCUAAAGCAAAUGGAAAAUAUCUUUAGGUGAGGUCAAGUAAUUCCCUUGUUUCACGUUUUAUGGCAUGAUUUAAUUAACUUUAAGUCGAUUUAAAGACUCAAAAUCUGAUUACAUGACAUGUACAGAAAUUUUUGUUAGCAUAUAUUUUAAAUUUUGUUAUCCAGAGCAGUUACCCAGAUGCUGUGGCUUUCCUGUGCUGUCUCCCUAAUUUAAUCCUCUACACUUCUGGGCUCUUGGGGCUGGUUUUUUAACACCCAGUGUGGACAGAGGCCCACAGGUCUGGCCCCUUUUAUUAAAAGACCCACUUCCUGAUAAUCCAGAAACAGUUGGAUUAUCCCUUGAAUUGUAAGGUAUUUUUCUCCCUUUAAAGUUUUAGCAUUUUUGAAAUACCACAAAGGAUGAAAAUGAAUUUUCUAGCUUUAUUUGUGUUGAAUGUGAGGCAUUUAACUGUUUAGAAAUCUCUUAAAGCCCAGUGUGACCUGAGGUGGGCAGCCUUAUUGCUUUUAUUAGACUGUAUUCUAGCCAUUACUCGUCAGGUUUUGCAGAUGUUUUGCAGUGCAGAUCGCAGUUGAGGGUUUGAGGACGGUACUGGGAGUCCUUUUGGUGUACCCUUCAGAACCCUGUAUGACACAUAACUGUAUUUUAUAAAGGUGAGAACUGUAGAUGCUGCCUUAAAGUAGUUGCUGGUGAGAUCCGGCCAGUGUGGUUUUCACGUCUCAACUGGCUGCGAAAAUGUCUUUCUCUUCGAGCUUAAUCCUUUGGAGAGUAAUCAUUUUUUUAUUUUGGUGAACGAUUCAGUCAGACCAUAGACACCAGUUUGUCACAUGCUGUUGGUAACAACUGAGUUUUUGCUAUUUAUUUGUUUUUUGUUUUUGUCUUUUUUUUGUCCUUGUUUUAGUAACAGUGUAGCUUAAUCUGUUAGCCUGUGUUGCUGAAACAUUUUCUUAUUUCUAAGUCCAGGCUUUCUGUUUCAUCUGUUUAGUCUAAGCAAUGACUGUUUAGUGUAGCUUCACUGCCUGUGUGUGUGUGUGUGUGUGUGUGUGUGUGUGUGUGUGUGUGUGUGUGCGUGUGUGUGCGUGCGUGUGUGUGUGUGUGUGUGUGUAAGCAGGUUCAAUACAGUAUGUGGUUGCAGUUUCUACUAUGUGGAGUAUCUCUCCUACAUACAUGUGUGUAAUACCAUCAGGGAAACUGCAGGUGGCACCACUGCCACGUUUAUUAUAUCAUACAGGGAGGUGAUGGCUCACACAUGAGUUUUGAUGACAUUUAUUCAGUGGGAACUGCCCAUUACACCCACAGUCAUCUUCUGCUGUCAAAUGGCACUUUGCUGUUCGUUGUUUAGGGAGUUGAAAGUGUUGAGGGUUGGUCAUUCACUUCUCUUUUCUGAUCUCAGCGACCGUCUGGUCACCUUGCUAACCUCAAGCCUCCUGCCACCUGAUUUGCUGUAUGGAUGAGUAUAUAUGAUGCGUUGUGCCUGUGAGCCUGCAUCUGUGUGUGUGUGUGUGUGUGUGUGUGUGUGUGUGUGUGUGUGUGUGUGCGCGUGUGUGUCUAUUAGAGACCGCCCCUACCUCGUCAUACCACAAUACCUCAGAGCAGUGGGCUGCAGUCCCUGUUGCGUCGGAUAUUGAAGCUGCGUUGAGGGACGAGUCCUGACAGAAGCUGUGGUCACUUCGCUGAAUGCAACGGUGGUUUUGGUUUUGCAUUUUUGGAUUUGAGUCGUCAGUAACUGCAGGCGAGGUCUCGUCACUCAGGAAGCUGUGAAGUUGGAAGUCUGCAGAACCUUUUGUCUCUCAGAUGAUUUUGGAGUUAAUUCAGUUUUAAAAUUGUUUAAAAACUAACCUGAUCUGUGUAAAAACAGGCGCAUAUGCAAGUGUUUAUCGAAUACCUCAUUUAUCAAUUUUAUGUUGUUUUUGGCUUGUACAAUGCUCCGUAUAUUAAUUCAACUGUGGGGUUUGUGCAUAUUUUUGUACUGUUAUUAUUAUGGACAUGGUAAUAAUGAUAUUACUGAUAUUAUAGUUUUCUCUUUGAUUAAAGCAAACAAAAAAAAUAGGACAAAACACAUGGAUGCUUGUAAAAACUGGUUUGUGCUGAUUGUAUUUAAGAGGAGCACUUUUCCAAAGUGGUUUUCACACAUUCAGUUUUGUUCAUAUUAGUAAUAUAAAGAUAUGGUUCUCAGGGCUUUAAACUUGUAUGUCAUGAUAAAGUUUUACUUUAUAUCUUA